AUGGCUUCCGUACGCUUCGCAAACUACGUCGAGCGCCUGAUUCCUGUCAAUGAGAGGCCUUCCAAGCCCUCCGACCGACCGUUUAAUAACGGAACCGCCAGGAGCCCUCCUCUACUCCGACCCCAAGGUGUCAACCAUAUUCUGCUCUACCCAGGGUCCUUCAAUCCCCCCCACCAAGGACACCUCAACCUCUUGAAGCACGUUUUCGAAAACGCAGGUGCGGACCUAAACAUGGUCGCUGCAAUAAUCGUCCCCACAAGUGACAAGGGGGUCCAGAUGAAGAUGAAAAGGCACGACAACGCAAUCGCGAUCCCAAAAGACAAACGAAUCAAGCUCUGGCGUGGCCAAGGGAUCCCAGUGGAUUGGGCAUGGGUGUACGAUUGCUCCGAGAGCUGGGGCAAGUUCCGCUCUCUUCUUACCAAGGCAGUGCGGAAGGAUCGUAUGGAACUCAAGUUCAUCGUACUACACGGACCAGACAUUAUCACUGCAGAGAGGGGCUAUAACCCCAAUGGCUGGGGGUGCUCCGAUGGCAUCACGAGUGAUAUCUCGCGAGCCGUCGACUUUAGAUACCCCAGUACGCUCCGGCAGCUCGCAGGAUGUUCCCCAUGGACCGAACUGAAUGUCGAUCGCGCUUGUAUCGAACGAAAGAUCCGAGCCAAGCUCAAAGGACACCAAGAGUCAGUCAUCAAAGAAGCUGUGACCAAGGCGAUGGAAAUUCUUGAUACCAUCUGGGUCUGCAGACAGACACGCGAAAAACCAAAGGGCAUUGUCCGCUUCAUCAAAAGCGACCUCACGAAGCAGACUGCCGAUGCACCUAGUUCUACCAAGAUCCGGGCCAUUAUAGCCAGCUCCCCUCCUGAAGAACUGGAGAAGAACCUACAGGGAAUCGCUCUCCACCCAGACCUCUUGGUGAAGUAUCUAAAGGAGCUCCCAAAGCCUGUCAAGCGUGCCGCACCCCGAGAGCCGAAGGAAUGGGAAUGGAACUAG